AAAAAACUCAAUCGGCACCAUUAAUUGCGUUUUCUCUUUUCUCUUUUCUCUCUCUCUCACUCAUCACUUUCACGCGGAACGUCACUGGUAACCGCCUCUCCUUCACAAUCUCGCCGCCGCACAUCCGCCGCCGCCGUCGCACAUCCGCCGCCGCCGUCGCCGCCGUUAUGAUGGAAGAGAAGGCGAAGAAGAAGAACAAAAAGCAGAAGCAGAAACAUCCGAACGAUCAGACGGCGAAAACCGCUUCCGAUUUCGCAUUCAAGCCUGCCUCGGAAGUCAAAGGACUACGAUUCGGCGGUCAGUUCAUCGUCAAAUCGUUCACGAUCAGACGCGCGCGGCCUCUCGAGCUUAUCCGCCUCCUCUCGCUUCCGCCGACGAAUUCGGCGUUCGCCUCCACCUCCGCCUUCCUUCCGACGAACUUCACGAUCCUGGCGCACCACGCCUGGCACACGCUCACAUUAGGCCUCGGAACGAAGAAAUCGAAAGUUGUGGUGUUCGUCUUCGAGUCGGAGAGUAUGAAGGCUGCGGUGGAGCGCCUCUGGCCGGCGGAGAUUCCGCUCGGAGAAGUCAACAAAAGGCUGAUCCGAGGCCUCACCGGCUGCGAAAUGGCGCGAUUCAAGUUCCGGAAAGGUUGCAUCACGUUCUACGUUUACGCCGUCCGUAGAAUCGGAAGCUCAGGCUUCCACUGCGCCGACGAUCUGAAAAUCAUCCUCCAGUCUGUGGUAGCGCUGAAGGAUUUUAUCGACCACACGGCGAUGCUCGCCAUGCCUAACCAGAGAAGUAUCAACUACGCGCCGCCGCUCGCCGUCGUUCACUGAAUCAAUCAGGCACGUCUCGAUUCUCUAAAGCUUUUUAAUAUUCUCUUAAUUUUCCAGAUUUGACCGACAAUAUAUUUUUUCCUUUGUUGAUAUUAUCAUUCUAUUCCUCUUUUUUUGUAAAUCACUUUUAAAAUAUUAUCAUCCUGUUCAGAUAUUUAGAAAAUAAGCCUAAAAAAAAAAAAGUAGGAAAACAAAUA